GUUCAUUCAAUCAUCAUAUACUUUGAAACAUUGUUUUAAAUUGUAAUGGGACGGCAUCUGUUUGUAAAAUGCAUGCCCAUGAAGUUUAUCAGUUGAGUUCAAAUGAAAUUGACGAUGUGACCAGCAGGGCGAGACAGUGAGGGCUCCUGGUACGGCUGUUUUUUUCUCCCUCGCCCCCCUCCUAAUUGUAAAGCUCUGUGGGAAGGGAGUUGCAGCCUCAGUACCAGGCUAGUGAGUGUGUUCAGAACGGAGCGGAGUGUGGAUACUAGAGGCUGCUUCAUGGUGCUGCCGCUGCCGCCUUUGUUGUAGAAAAUAACAUUUUUACUACAUCCAUUCCAACGCGAAAACGGGAUACUUGACCACGGAUUCCUAGGGGGAUACAUUUAGAAAAGCAUAUCAAUGUUUCUAAACGAGGGCCGGAGUCUGCUUCUGCUAACGCUUCUGGCAGUUUUGCAGAUCGGCACGGAGGGCAGGGGUACCCCGCUGUGCCGGCCAGGCUUUUCAGAGAAUGUGUACCAUGCAGUGGUGCUGGAGACUGAGCAGGAGGGAGAGGCCCUUUUCAACGUGAAGUUCCUGGACUGCAGCAGAGGUGGGCGGGUUCAAUUCGAGAGCAGCGAGCCGGACGCCUUUCGGGUGGAGACGGAUGGGGUGGUGUACGCCCAACGCAGCCUUCGCCUCUCCUCCAUCGGGUCUUCGCCCCUGGUAAUCAAGGCACGGGAUGAGGCCACUGGCGAGCAGUGGCAGACAGAAGUCAGGCUGAUUCCGGCCAAAGGUCAACGUGCGCAGGUGCCUGAUGCGGAGCCGGUGGCGGCUGUGGCUCCAAGGCUGCCGGAGAUCGUGUUCCCGUCGCGGCACACCGAUGACGGCAGCCAGCUGAAACGCAUGAAGAGGGACUGGGUCAUCCCCCCCAUCAACGUGCCCGAGAACUCCAGAGGGCCCUUCCCUCAGACGCUUGUCACGAUCCGGUCCGACCACGAUAAGAACCGCUCGCUCCGCUACAGCGUCACUGGCCCAGGAGCAGAUCAGCCCCCCACCGGCAUCUUCUUCAUCGAACCCGUCUCCGGAGAGCUGUCCGUCAACAGGCCCCUGGACCGAGAGCACAUCUCCAACUUCCACCUGAGGGCCCACGCUGUGGACCUCAAUGGCAACCAGGUAGAGAACCCCAUCGACAUCGUGAUCAAUGUCAUCGACAUGAACGACAACCGGCCCGAAUUUAUCCACCAGAUCUGGAACGGAUCGAUAGCGGAGGGCUCAAAGCCAGGGACGUCUGUGAUGACUGUGACCGCCAUCGACAAGGAUGACCCUAAAACCAUGAACGGCAUGCUAAGAUACAAGAUCCUGUCCCAGAAUCCCGAGAACCCCAACCCCAGCAUGUUCACCAUCAAUAACCAGACCGGAAACAUCAUCACCAUGGCCGCUGGCCUUGACAGAGAGAAAGUGCCACAGUACACGCUGAUCAUCCAGGCCACAGACAUGGAGGGAACCGCACUGUACGGCCUGUCCAACACAGCCACCGCCGUCAUCAGGGUCACCGACAUCAACGACAACCCACCCGAGUUCACAUCCGAGACGUUCUACGGUGAGGUGCCAGAAAACCGGGUGAAUGUCAUUGUGGCCAACCUCACGGUGACGGACAAAGACCAGCCCAACACCCCUGCCUGGAAUGCCGUGUACAAAAUUACCGGGGGCGACCCCACCGGCAGGUUCUCCGUGCCGACUGAUCCCACCUCUAAUGAGGGCCUUGUAACAGUCGUCAAGCCCAUUGACUACGAGAUCACCCGGACAUUUGUGCUGACGGUGGUGGCUGUGAACGAGGUGCCCCUGGACCAGAACAUCCACCGCUCGCGCCAGUCCACUGCCACAGUCUCCAUCAAGGUCCUCGACGUCAACGAGAGCCCCUAUUUUGAGCCCAACCCCAGGACCAUGAGGAUGGAGGAGGGCUUGCCCGCGGAGUCCAUGCUCACCAUCUACACCGCCCUGGACCCCGACCGCUUCAUGCAGCAGACCAUCAGAUACUCCAAGCUCUCCGACCCGGCCAACUGGCUGCGCAUCGACCCCAAUAACGGCCGCAUCUCCACAAUUGCCAUGCUGGACAGGGAAUCGCCUUAUGUGAGCAAUAAUAUGUACAACGCAACGUUCCUGGCCACAGAUAAUGGCUUCCCUCCUGCCAGUGGCACGGGCACCCUGCAGAUCUACCUGCUGGAUAUAAACGACAACGCCCCUGUGGUGUUCCCCUCGGAGGCCGAGGUGUGCGAGAAGCCCGAGCCCAACUUCAUCAACAUCACGGCGAUCGAUGGGGACCUGAACUCCAACGCUGGGCCCUUUACCUUUGAGCUGCCCCACAAGCCCACCGACGUCCGCAAGAACUGGACCAUCACGCGCAUCAACGGUGACGCCGCUCAGGUGAGCCUGCGCCUCAGCUUCCUGGAGAGCGGCAUCUACGACAUCCCCAUCAUCAUCACCGACGCCGGGAACCUGCCCAUGUCCAACACCUCCUACCUGCGCGUCAAGGUGUGCCAGUGCGACCACAACGGCUUCUGCUCGGACCAGGAGCGCAUCAUCGCGGCGGGCCUUGGCACCGGCGCCAUCAUCUCCAUCCUGCUGUGCAUCAUCAUCCUGCUGAUUCUGGUGUUGCUGUUCGUGGUUUGGAUGAAGCGUCGUGAUAAGGAGCGUCAGGCCAAGCAGCUCCUCAUUGACCCAGAAGACGAUGUGAGAGACAACAUCCUCAAGUACGACGAGGAGGGCGGAGGAGAGGAGGACCAGGAUUACGACCUGAGCCAGCUCCAGCAGCCGGACACCAUGGAGCCGGACGCCAUCAAGCCUGUGGGGAUCCGCCGCAUGGACGAGCGGCCCCUCCACCCUGAGCCCCAGUACCCCAUCAGGUCGGCCGCCCCGCACCCCGGCGACAUCGGUGACUUCAUCAACGAGGGACUUAAGGCAGCUGAUAACGACCCCACGGCCCCGCCGUACGACUCCCUCUUGGUGUUCGACUACGAGGGCAGCGGCUCCACGGCUGGUUCCCUGAGCUCCAUCAACUCCUCCAGCAGCGGAGGGGACCAAGAUUACGAUUACCUCAACGACUGGGGCCCACGCUUCAGGAAACUCGCAGAUAUGUACGGCGGAAGCGACGACUAAAACAUUUUUUCUCUCUCUCUCUCUCUCUCUCUCUCUCUCUCUCUCUCUCUCUCUCUCUCUCGGAUGUGGAAGAUGAGAACAGAGCAGUGAAAAUGGGGGAAGAAAGUUUCAUUCUCUUUUUGUUGUUUCUUUCUCCGGUCGAUGAAUGAGGACAGCUUCUGAUAACUGAUAUUCCCCCCACACGGACUGAAUGACAAUGGAAAAGAUUUUACAUAGUUAAAAAGUACAUAAAUCAAUGAAAUACAAAUCACAAAAAAAACAACCCUAGGCUUAUUGUUGUAGUCUGCGCAUACAUAUGCUUGUUGAAGGCUUAGGAGUGUGAGACAGUCGUGUUUUCAGAGGGGGGACAGGACAUUGGUGAACUGUCAUUCUGUUUGGAUUGUUGGGUACGGAACGCGCUCAGUCAAACUUGAAUUUCACAGUACAGAAGCACUGGGAUUUAAUGUGCCUUUUUGUACAUUUUUUGAAUCUGAAUGAUUAGUUUUAUGUUCAAGGCUUUAAUGGUUUUUGGAGUGAUUUCAAAACAGAAAGUAUGUUACAAUGGUAUGCAUCUACAUGCUUUUUUUGGUUACUCAAUACUGCUGUUUUGUUGAAAAUCUGAAUAUUUAAGUGAAUUGCAAAGAUAACAUGGACAUUAACAUGGAUGGGCAAAAAAAAGAAUCAGAGAACAGCACUGUACAGUACGCUAGAAUUUUAGUCUUUUUUCACUAAAAAUUAAACACAUGCAGCUGGUUGCAAAUAAAGGGAGUCAUACAUCAUACUUUUGUAGCAAAAUAAGUUUUUCUUUUUUUUUCUUUCUGAAGUGGUGUAGUAUUUUACAAACAACAGCAACAAAAUUGUUUAUUUUGUUCUAAUUUCAUGUACACUUCAUUUGCCUUAGUCCUCAUCUGGUACUUUCAAUUUUUACUUCACUGUAAAGAAACUGUGUGUACAUAAUGUUUUUUUCUUUUCUUUUCUUUUCUUUUCUUUUGAUGUAGUCUAUGAAGAAGAGCAAAAAGUUCAGAACUUGUAAAUGUAUAAUUUGGACUACAAAUUCAAGUUUUGCAUGUUUUUAUCUUUUCACAACAGCAAAAAAAAAAAAGUUAUUUCCAAAAUUUAUUUACAAAAAAAAUACAAAAAACAUAACUGGGUGGCAUAUAAUGUGUAGAAGGUAUGAGAGUCUUUUGUAAAAAAAUAUGAAAAGAAAAUAAUUCAAUAAAAAACAGAAAAAAUAA